UUAUAUAUAUUGCCAAAAUGAAAGUAGAAGCAUUAUUAUUCAUUUGGUUGUCCGCCACUACAUUGAUCUUAGUUAAUGGGGAUGUAGGCACUGCAGCAUCAUAUGAUCCUCCAUAUCUCCCAACUAAAUGUCCAGGAUACAGUAGGGAUGAACUCCCAGAAGGUGGUCUCUUUGUGGCGGCGAGUAGUGGGCUUUGGGACAACGGAGCAGCGUGUGGGAGGCGAUACAGGCUCAGGUGUUUGAGUGGUCUCAAGAGACCAUGCAAAGAAUCUUCCAUUGUUGUUGAAGUUGUGGAUCUCUGCAGGACUAACCCUUGCCCUGCCACACUCCUCUUGUCUAACAACGCAUUCAACUUUGUUUCUAAGUUCCCAAGAACCAAAAUUAACAUUGAAUAUGCACAAAUAUAAUG